CAUGGUAAGUGGAAUACCUGUUCCCUUGAUUGUGCCUCUUCGCGUGAGGGGAAAUGUUUUGGAUGAUCAAAAAUCUAAGUUUGACAUUGACACCUCCAAUCCAAUUGAACUUAAAUGCGAUUACUCGAAAUUCACCAUUUAUUAUUCCACGAACGGGGCAACACCUGACCUUCCUGGAGGCGACCUCUCAAAAUUUACAAACAAAUAUGAUAAACCGUUUCAUCUACCGGUUGGUAAAUACCUUGUCAAGGCUUUCGCGGUUAACCCACAGGGGCAGAGAAGCUCAAUCAACGCGAAGCUUUUCCGUGUCAGCCAGGGUCUGAAAAAUUACCAAGAUCGGUCGCAAGAUGAUGAUUUCAAGUUCAUUAAAGACCUACAUAAAUCUGAACUAAUGACCAACAACGAAAACUGGAGUCCUGAUAUGUCCAAAAAUUGUUUCUAUGAGAAGCAAAUUAUGAUUCCAGAUGACUUGACUACUUCAAGGCAGAACUUCAUUCCUCGAAGCCUGAAUCAAGAUCCUCAAGUUGGAGCCUUCUGCACUGCUUGUGGGUUCAACGAAAUGCGAGGAAGUAAGUUUUGCAGCCGCUGUGGCAAAAAUUUGGGUUCUGCUAAUAAUCUGACAGGCCGACAGUUAAGAAGGGAGAUUGAUUCUACUAGUUGUUUAAAAUGCUAUGCGUCGGUUGCUGAUAACUCCAGUUUCUGUCAAGAUUGUGGCUGCCAGAUGCCUAGAGUUGAUCCGAGAAAUAUUGUGAGAAGCAUGUCUGGAUGGCCAAAUGAUUGCAUGAGCAAAUUCUGUUCAACUUGCGGGCAUGAUAAUUCGGCGCUUGAUUUGUACUGCUUCAAAUGUGGACUGGAUUUGGAUAGUUCGAUACCUCCAGCGUCGAUGAUUCCAUUCGUUAAGUGCACUCUAUGCUCCAAGGAGAACGAACAGAAGUCAACUUUCUGCAUCGCAUGUGGUUCAGUUCUAGUUGUCGCUCCCAGCAUGGCAACGGGUCUCAAUUCAUUUUGCAAUCAACAGUACAGCAAAUCUACCUUUCCACAGGGUAAAAACUGGGAGCCGGUUUCGAUACCGAUGGCCAAAAUUACAUUGAGAAAUUCAGUGGCAACUCAGACUGUUGGCCUGCAUUAUCCAACUGGAACCGAAACUAAGAGGAAUGAGUAUCACGAAAAAUGGACUCAAAGAGAGAAGUAUGCCCAGCAGAAGAAACCGAAAGGAAAAACAACCCAAUCCGAAAGUACAGGAAGCGGUUUUUGGGAAGCCAAUGUAGAGUUUCUCAACACGGCUGUGAGAUCUUACGUCGAGAAGAAUGCCGAAGCUAGAGUCAAGUUAAGCCAAAUGAAACUCAAGGACCUUCAAUCUUUCGCCAUUGAAACUGGUUCCAGAAGCACAGAAUUUGUUCUUAAAUUUGAAGUGCGCAAUGAGAAAUCGGACUCUGAUGAAAAGAAGUCUAAAAAGAAGAAUGGGAAAAAACAGAACAAAAAACGCGAUAAGUCUCCCAGUAGCAGCAGAAGUAGUAGUAAAAGUAGUUCCAGUUCAAGCGAUGAAGACGAAAAAGCUUCUAGGAAAAGCUCUAAAAGCAACAAGGAUUCCAAGACAGACAGAAAGAUAUCCUCUAAGUCCAGAACAGAGGGAUCGGUCAAAUCUGAGCGAAGUCGCGCUUCGUCUGCGCAGUCCUUGUCGAAACUCCUCAUAGCUGCAGUGAAGAAUGAAGAGGAUCCUGAUUUCUUAAAACAGUACAUAGUUGAAGGAGCAAACGUGAACUUGAUUGACCCCGAAAGUGGAGACUCGCUGUUGGGCGUGGCUGUGAAGCAUGGGAACGCGAAAGUGAUUCCAAUUCUGGUCAAAUUAGGCGCCGAGGUUGAUCAGAUAUCGGGCAAAGGGGAAACGCCUCUGCAUGCAGCAGUAAAUGAGGAAGAUGUCGAUUAUGAAGUAGUGAAGACUCUUCUGGAAUCCCGUGCCAAUCCAAGCAAACGAGACAGCAAAGGACGAACAGUUCUGGAUGUUGCAACCAAAAGAGAAGUCGACAAAAAGAUUCUCAAGCUGCUGAAAGCUGCGAGUGAGAGGCCGGGAUCAGCGGCUAGCGUGGCUUCGUCAAGGCAGAGAGCCAAGAAGUCACAUAUGCUUCAAGGAGCUACGAAGCUUCCGGCGGGCUCCCCAGAAAUUGAUCUGGGACAGUUCUAAGAGGCGAUGGUGAAAGUUGAAAGAUGUUUAAUGGACUUGUAUUAUAUUGUAAAUAACUGAACAUUAAAUGUCAUUAUACUGUAAUUCUGUAACAUAACGAGGGCUGAUUUGAUUCAAUGUAAAUUUAAAACUAAUUAGAAAAAAAAUCUUUUUUGAUGGAUCAAAUGGAUGAGAAGUAAACCAUCUUUAACCUCGAGCAUUUCCGGUUUUAUCGCAGAUCAGAUCUUUUUGGGCCUCUAAAUCUAAUUUGUAAAUACAAUUCCUAAUUCACAAUUUUAUUUCUAUUUAGAACUAGCACGAAUGUAUUUAGAUUGAAUUGCAAAAUAAUUCAUUUUGUGUGAAUA